UCUCUUGCGUUGCAUACUCUUCUCUCCUUUCCUCUCUUCAUCUCUCUGUUUUUUCCUCUCCAACAAAAACCUUCAAGAAUACGAGGCAAAUCCAAUCUCACAAGAAGCAAAGAAUAAAUCUCCCACAACCCUCUUUUCAUGGCAGUUGAUGCAAGUCAUCUCAAUCUUCUUCCUCCACAACUCAUGAAUCCGAACAGGGAUUUUGCAUUUUCCAAUCAGGGAAACACUAACACCUUGGCAUACAACAAUGUUCAUCAGAUGGGCACAGGCUCCGGAGUCCCUUUGAUUCCGGCAAUUGCGGAAGGUCUCCUGCCUUUGCAUCAUCCAACUCUGGCUUGUGAUUCUGUCCAGCCAAAAACAUCUAUGAAUACCGAUAGUGGACUCACCUAUAACAUGCCAGCCCCAAGGAAGCGGCCUAGAGAUUCAUUCGACCAGUUUAACAAUGUCCCGGCAAAUUUCUUCGUUACCUCCCAGCAGAAAAAUAAUAGCAAUGAUGUUGUAGCUCAAUUUCCAUCCUUCUUUGGAGAGCAGAUUUUGCCCUUCAUCAAUCAACAUCAAUUGGAUAUCGAUUCCAUCAUUUCUCAGCAUACGAAGAAAAUCAGGUUGGAAUUGGAAGAGAGACAGAAGCAACAUGCGAGAAUAUUAAUGGCGGCAAUUGGUGAAGGGGUGGUGAAGAAAAUGAAGGAAAAGGACGAGCAGAUUCAGAGGAUGGGGAAAUUGAAUUUGGCGCUUCAAGAAAGAGUUAAGAGCCUUUACGUGGAGAAUCAGUUAUGGAGAGAUUUAGCACAAACAAAUGAGGCCACGGCCAACUCGCUACGUACCAACCUGGAACAAGUCCUGGCGCACGUUAGCGACGAGCGCCUCUCGGCCGUCGGAAGAGGCGGAGGAGCUGGUGUGGCUGUUGAGGAUGACGCCGAGUCCUGCUGCGGGAGCAGCGAUCACGGGAAUGAAAGGGAGGCGGAGGAGGAGACUUCGGCGGAGCGGCGCAUUUUAGCAGGCGGGAUGUGCGGUAGGAUUGCAGUUGAGGCGCAGGAUAAGGAGGCUAACGUGAGCAGUAACAAGAACAACAACAACAACAGCAGGAUGUGUAAGAUGUGUGGGGAGAGGGAAUCGUGUGUGUUGCUGUUGCCAUGUAGGCAUCUGUGCCUGUGUACAGUCUGUGGGUCCACCCUCCUUCAUACUUGCCCUGCAUGUAACUCUAACAUGAAUGCCACAGUGCAUGUUAACUUGUCUUCUUGAUCAAUCAUCAAUAUAGAAUGAGAGGGAAAAAGGAAAAGUUAGCAGUGUAGUUUUCUUUUUAGGCCAAAGAGAAAAAGAUCAUCAUAUUAGGGGUUCAUUUUGAAGAUGGAAAAAAAUAGUAGAUAAUGUAAAUUUCUUUUGCCAUGAGUAAAUAUAUUGUUCAUUCUUUAA